GCAGGCAGUUGUCGUGCGCAUCGUUAUGCAUGUGCAUUAAGCCAGGUUGAUCGGUCCGGCAAAUGACGUGGAUUCCUGGAUCUUUGCUCUUGCGAGCGCUCCUAUCUCGCCAAUGCACAAGUAGUUGAAUGAAGCUGAAUAUGAGAUUGGUCCUGGAAGCCGUUAGUGUGUGUUCCGCCUGUCAAGUAUAUCAGCCUCCACGUUCUCCCGUGGGGUGGUGCUCUAUCGCCCUCAACGCUACUCACUGCUUUACUCUCCCACUUUUCUCGUAAUGGCACCAUCAGCAUUGGCAGAUAUCUACCCAAUCCCAGCAAGACAUUACUCAAAGUCUUCGAGUGUAGUGGCAAGUGUCCUGCAUGGACCACGGGAUCUAAGGCUGGAAACUCGAUCGAUCUCAGACCCCAGCCCUGGUGAACUCCAGAUUGCCAUCAAAGCGACUGGCUUGUGCGGCAGCGAUGUGUCGUACUACAACAAAUUCCGCAACGGUGACUUGCAGGCAGUACAGCCGCUGAGCCUCGGUCACGAAUCAGCUGGUGUCGUAGUUGCGAUCGGUCCAGGUGUGGAAGGCUUCACAAUCGGCGAGCGAGUGGCCUUGGAAGUGGGCGUGCCCUGUGACAACUGCAGAUCAUGUCAGCGAGGGCGAUACAACCUGUGUCCAUCGAUGCGCUUCAGAAGCAGCGCGAAGUCCGUGCCUCACUUCCAGGGUACGCUCCAGGAACGCAUAAACCAUCCAGCGAAAUGGUGCCAUAAACUUCCCUCGCAUGUCUCUCUUGAAUCUGCUGCACUGCUCGAGCCGUUGUCUGUGGCCAUCCAUGCUACACGACGAGCCGUAGUCGAACAGGGUGAUACAGCCAUUGUCUUCGGUGCGGGCACUGUUGGGUUGCUGACUGCAGCCAUGGCAAAGAUGUCUGGCGCGACAACUGUCGUCAUCGUCGACGUUGACCAUGGUCGUAUUGAAUACGCGCUGUCCAACGGCUUCGCGCACAAAGGCUUUGUAGUUCCGUCACGCAAGAAUGCCGAUGAGCGUGUAGGCCAAUUUGACUACGCAAAGGAGUUCGCCGGAGACGUCACGCAAGUUGCCUCCCUGGACGAUGCCGACUUCGAAGGGGCGGACGUAACGUUUGAUUGUACUGGCAAGGAGAUCUGCAUGCAAGCCGGGCUCUUCGCAACAAGACCUGGUGGGAAACUCAUAAUGGUUGGAAUGGGUACACCCGUACAAACUCUUCCAAUGUCUGCGUCUCACCUGAAGGAAGUUGACAUCAUCGGUAUUUUCCGGUAUGCAAACACCUACGCGACGGGAAUCAAGAUCAUCUCGUCCGGCGUGCUUCCAAACCUUGACAACAUGAUCACACACCGCUUCAAGGGCCUUGCUGCUGCCAAAGAGGCGUUCGAGCUUGCUGGCACUACGACGGACAAGGAUGGAAACCUUGUCCUAAAAGUGCUCAUCGAGGCAUGACCUUACCCUUCCCAUACUUUAGCAUGGGCUCCAAAGGCUUUCCUGGGUUCGGCGUUUCGGCAUUUGUAGGUUUGAGAUACCAUUCGUUUACCAGCAUACCUAGAGGUACCAUAAUGAAACAGAAGGUCUGUUGAGAAUCAUCUGAAUACCAAGUCGUCCACCAUGUCAAAGGUGCUAAA